CCCGCGGCGAGAAUUCUCGCCAAUGGUAAAUUCACAUUCGCACGCCCAUCCCUUGUUUCUGCACAGUCGUCCUGCCAUGCACCUUGUCUACACAGACACGCAGGCAGGCAAGACGCACAAGAAUGCCACGCACAUCCCGCCCGCCACUCACUGUGGCAUGUCGCAUCUCAGAGGCCAAACCAUAUCCACACACACAUACACACACAUACUGCCAGCCGUCCAUCAGUUGGCCACUGCAGGGCCCCAAUGAGAAGAAGGGAACUGCACACGUGUCUUGAGGUGGUGCAGGAAGGCACGGAGAUCGCUGAACUGAGGCCUGAUGGACCAAGGAGGGAAGGCAUCGACUCGUCGGCCGGUGCAUCCAGCGUUCUCACUUGUAGCAGUUGAGCUGGGGGUGCCGAUACACACGCGAUGGGUCGACCGCAAAGAGCACCUCAACCUGUCAGCGGAGGGAGGCGUUUCUGGUCACACAAGGGUCUUGGUUCUCCAUUCACUGCGACACUGCAUACCUGUUUGGGCAGAUGCUCUGUGAUGGUAUCCAGGAACAGCUCUAAAGUGGACCCCACCAGCUGCAUGCAGACGAAUGAACAACAUCAGUGUGUGCACGAUCCCUCCCUCCCUCCCUGCUGACCUUCCUCACCUCUUUGGUGUUUGCAUAGUGCCGGUGCAGCGCCUCACGGACGCCCACCGACCGCUCAAACGUCAGGUUGCCACACAGGUCGCGAUACACAGGCAGCACGUCACCGUGUAAACUGAUCCACAGACGCAAGAUGCCUUCCACGCUCUUAAUUGCACUCGACUCAAGGUGAUGGCUGACCUAAUUGUGUGUGGAUUUCUCAUCUGCAGAUCGAAGGCGCUUUGACGGCCGGUGGCGAGUACGUCCAUGGAGUGGAGCGUGAUGGCGUGUGCGAGGUAGUCGGGGCAGGUUAGGUCGAGGGGCAGGUCAUCCAGCAGCAUCACCUCACUGUCCAAGGUGAACUUGAGCAAUGCCUGAUGAACGUUCACGAAACAGGUGAUGCUGGCGGCACGUGAUUGUGCAUCUGUCGUCACUCACCUCGAGUGAGUCGCCAUUGGUGAGUGAGGUGAAGGUGUCGUCGGCACCGACGCGAGCCACAUAGCUGCACCGCACCCAUCCGGCCAUCCAGCCAGCAAUAAGUCGAUCGAUUUAUCUGUUGCUUUUUCGCGCAUCGCAUCACGCACUCACCCACCCGAUAUCAUAGUGCACAGCGGGAAAGCCUCUCCGCGCAAACCACCGCAGCAACUCGCGACCAAGCCACUUGGUGUACCCAUAACUGCAGACACACGCGCAGACACUCCCAUAGAGACAGACACGGCGGCCCUCCCCUCCCCUCUGUGCUGUGCUGUGCUCACCGUACUUGUUGUACAAGCCCAACCGGCGCGGCGGACGGCCGUCGGCCUCAUCAGCAACGGCCCUAUACACGUCAUGCAGCCGCGCCGCACAGCUACCGGCAUAAAACACCACGGGCAGCCGCCCUCCCGCCCCCCCACUCCCCCAGGCAAACCGAAUGACGUCCAUCAGCCCACCCACAUUCACGGCAGCCAACUCGUCCCACCCUAGGAAGAAAUUGUCGAUGGCGGCGAAGUGGUAGAGGGCGUGAAAUCUACCGGCCGCGAGCGUCGCGAACGCAUCCCCAUCAAGACCAAAAGACGGGCGCGAAAGGUCCCCUGAGACAGGCUUGACACGAGCCCAUUGAUCCGCAGAGAGGGACAGUCCAUGCGAUGAAAGGGCCGCCUGCAGCCGCUGGAGGGCCGUGUGGCCGUCCCGCGCUCGGACGAAGCAGCAAACCUCCUCUAUGCGACCCGUCUUGAGCAGCGAGACCAGCUGAUGUGAGCCGAGGAAACCGGUGGCGCCGGUGACGAACACGCGAUAGUGACUCUUCGCAUCAUCGAGGGGCCGCGGGGCGAGAGAGCUGUCUUGUGGGCAGGGGGCAAGGCGUCCUGUGAGGUGGAACAGCGCCUUCGCCAGCUGGCUGUCCUGGAUAGCACGAAGGCAGCACCCAUUCUCCCGGCUUCUUCUCGACUCUCCUCCCGUCGCGCUGUCCGCCGCCCCUCCACCACACAGCGGAAAGUGACCAGACUCCUCAACAGCCAUCCGAAGUCUAGCUGUGGAUCCAAGCGUCACAUUGAUGAGCGGAGGGGUCUCCUGCGGAUCUGUGGACGGCGGCACGGCCAGAGGCGCAAUGGAUGCGGUCACGCGCCCAUUCUCCUGUGCGUCUUGAGCUGGUUUCCUCCGUGCUGGUGGGUAGACGAGUGCCAGAGGCAUGCAUGCGCCGUGUCGUCGUGUUGUGAGGGACGGCUGUUGCAGUGGCAGCGAGGGAAGGAAUGCAUCGGUUGGCUUGGGAGGCAAGAAGACGCUUCGGAGAGAGGAGGCGAGAAAGGAAUCAAUCAUCUAAGGCUCCGCAGACCAUCCGGAGGGCCUCCUUGCUUCGAGCAAUCCAUGCCGGAUGACGUCAGCAAGCUCAACCAAUGCCCAGGGUUUGAAGACCGAAGAGUUGUGCAGGGUUUGUCACGACGGGGUGGCCAGACAGAUAACAUCGACUCAACUGCAUGGUCACCAUGUACCUGUGGGGGAGGGGGGUCGACACGCACAUCCAGCUGUGGCAUCAGGCAGCCUGACAACAUGAAUCAUCGUCUCCCUAUCUAUCCAGGGCUCGCGCGCUGACGCGACGAAUCCCACUGAAAAACUGCCGAAUAAACGUUUGCUCACACGCAAGGACACCAACGCGCACACACAACACACACGCCGACGUGACGAGUGGUCUCGGCCAGCCGCGUGAAGAAAUGCCACAAAUGACGACCCAGCCAGUGAGAGGCCAGUGGGGCCCACGUGGGUAUGUAAGGAAGGUGGAUGGGAUGGGAGUUAUAAAUAGGUACGAAAGCACACACGACGACUGACUCAUGGGCGGACUGGCCGGCCAUGCUCCAGGCACGCAAAAUUGGUGCGUCACUCACUCACUCAGUCCCUCACUCCCUCACGAGCGGCAAACACCGGUAGGUACCCGACAAACACGACGGUACACAUACGGAAAGAAUACAUAUGUACAGACGAGUGUAUACUCACACAAACAGGCCGAUGAUCGAUGGAUCGAUGGAUCGAUGGAUGAGUGCAGUGGAACCCAGUUAAGACAGCAAAAGCAGCAAAUAGCAAGCAAGCGACGGGUGGUUGGGGCGCUAUUCGCGCCCGAAAAGGCGGACGCUUUUCUCUCCUGGGCCCGUGUGGCUGGCUCUCCAUUGCAUUCACUCCUCACUCACUCACCGCAGCGAGAGAAAAGCGUCCGCUCUCC